AUGCUUUUGAACUCAUUUCAUGUUCAUCCUCUCCACCACUACCAUGCCAUUCAGGAAUUGAAGGUGUUUUCUCUACGAAGGAAUAAAAGGGAAAAACUUGGACUGAGGAAGAAGAUGAUGACGGUGAGAGUGAAGCAAACGCCGCCGAUACGGUGCUCUCAGGGAGGAAUUAAAGUCAGGGGGUUGGAGCCAAAGCUGAGCAAGGAAGCAGUACUGGAAUGGUCCAGAGAACGUAGACUUGGAGCAGAGGCUGGGACCUACAAAGUGGAAUUUGAGGUGGACUCAGAUUUUGGGAUUCCUGGAGCUGUUACCAUCAGUAACUGUUACGAAACUGAGUUCUUCUUGGAAAGCAUAACCAUUGAGAGAUGUGUUCAUUUUGCUUGCAAGUCUUGGAUUCAGCCAAACACGUCCCUUGAAGCUGGGAAGAGAGUAUUUUUCACAAACAAGGCAUAUUUACCACGUGAGACACCAGUAGGACUAAAGAAGGCAAGAGAAGAAGGAUUGAAGGAGAAAAGAGGUGAUGGGACAGGAGUGAGGACACGUUCUCAAAGGAUAUACGACUAUGAUGUUUACAAUGAUUUGGGUGAUCCAGACAAAGGAGAUGAACUGAAAAGACCAACACUUGGUGGCUCACUCAACCCUCAUCCUAGACGAUGUCGUACUGGUCGUCCACCUUCGAGCAGCGACGUCACAGCAGAGUCAAGAUUGCCUGAAUUUGAAUCAAUAUACGUUCCAAGGGAUGAGGAAUUGGAGGACUUGAAGAAAGAAACUGUUGAUAAGGGAAAAUUCAAAGGAAGGCUUAGGAAUAUUGUUCCAUCAUUGUUAGAUAUCAUUUCAGGCAGUGAAGAUGAGGUAUCUGAAAUUGACAACAUCUUUAAAGAACCAUCACAUUUUGGAAUGACGAAGUCUCAAAAAUCACUCCCCAAGAUUUUCAAUAACUUGCAAGGCACCAUCGAUGAAUUUUUCAAAUUUGAUCCUCCAAAGCUAUCUUCAAGAAGCACAUCUUAUUUCUUGCGAGAUGACGAAUUUGCGCGCCAAAUGCUUGCUGGUAUUAACCCUUUGAGCAUUGAAAUCCUCAAGGAAUUUCCUCCUAAAAGCAAACUAGAUCCGUCUCUCUAUGGUCCAUCAGAAUCAGCAAUCAAGGAAGAACACAUUAAAGAUCAUCUUGAUGGAAUGCACCUCCAACAGGCAUUGGAAGAGAAUAAGUUGUUCAUAUUGGAUUACCAUGAUUUGUACCUUCCAUUCUUGGAUCGUAUAAAUGCUCUUGAGGAUCGCAAAACCUAUGCAACUCGCACAAUUUUCUUUCUAACACAAGUGGGCACUCUAAAACCCAUAGCAAUCGAGCUCACUCUUCCACCAAUUCAUCCAAAGAGAGUCCUCACUCCUCCAAUGGACGCCACCUCCAACUGGUUAUGGCAGCUUGCCAAAGCCCAUGUUUGCUCUAAUGAUGCUGGUGUUCACCAGCUUGUUCACCAUUGGUUGCGGACUCAUGCAUGCAUGGAACCAUUUAUAAUAGCCACCCAUAGACAAUUGAGUGUGAUGCAUCCAGUAUUCAAGCUUCUGCAUCCUCACAUGAGGUACACCCUGAAGAUAAAUGCAAUGGCUCGUGAGACACUCAUCAAUGCAGGAGGCAUAAUUGAAUCAGACUUCACUCCUGCCAAAUAUUGCAUGCAAAUUAGUUGUGCUGCUUAUAGAGACUGGUGGCGCUUUGACCUUGAACCGCUUCCUGCUGAUCUCAUUAGAAGAGGUGUAGCAGUUCCUGAUGCAACUCAGCCUCACGGAGUUAGGCUACUUAUCGAAGACUAUCCUUAUGCCUCUGACGGGCUCCUCAUAUGGUCAAGCAUAGAGAAGUUGGUUCAAAAAUAUGUAAACUAUUACUACAAAGAUUCAAAAGCCGUUUCUUUAGAUCAUGAGCUCCAAUCAUGGUACAAAGAAUCCAUAAAUCUGGGGCAUGCUGAUCUUAAAGAUGCUCCUUGGUGGCCAAAACUUGAAACUCCUCAAGAUCUUAUGUUCAUACUUUCCACAAUAAUUUGGACCGUGUCAGCACAGCAUGCUGCUUUGAACUUUGGACAAUACCCUUUUGGAGGUUACGUUCCAACUCGUCCGCCAUUAAUGAGAAGAUUGAUUCCUAGUGAGAAUGAUCCCGACCAUGCAAGUUUUGUGGCAAACCCCAAGAAGUACUUCGUGUCAUCAUUGCCAAGUUUAUUCCAGGCAACGAAGUUCAUGGCUGUGAUUGAUAUAAUUUCUGCACAUUCACCAGAUGAAGAGUACAUUGGGGAUAGAAAUGAUUUGUCAAGUUGGGUGGGGGAUCCUGAGAUAAUUGAUGCAUUCUAUGAGUUCUCAAUGGAAAUAAGAAGUGUCGAGAAAGAGAUUGAGAGAAGAAAUGGUGACCCACAGCUUAGGAAUAGAUGUGGUGCUGGAGUGUCACCAUAUGAGUUGCUUAUUCCAAGUUCAGGACCUGGGACCACAGGAAGAGGAGUGCCAAAGAGUAUAACAGUGUGAUUAUUGAAACAUAAAUUACAUGUACCUCUUUUGAGUAAAACUAGGCAGUCUCAUCACUAUAUAUAUAUAUAUAUAUAUAUAUAA